GGUGGCCGUGAUGGGAGUGAGGGAGUCCGCCUGUUACGGAGUAAGUGGCAGGGGUGCAGGUCUCAUCCCGUAACGCGCUUCCUUGCUUCGGUUUUGGCCGUGAAGCGAUGGGGACCCGAACAUCGCGACUCCUCGAGGGCUCACGACUAUGAAAGGCAGAGACUCGGCAGGGAGUUCAGCACCUGCCAUCGCACGGGAACCGCUUGGCGCGGGGAGGGUCCGCCUAGGUGAGUGCGGGGCCCGUCCUCCGCCCCCCGCCCUGCCGCACCCCCGAAUCCUCCUGGAAGACGCGUAUGCUGAAUUUGGAGCCUUGGCCACCGAACACUGGCGUUUGAGGGCUGAUUGUGCAGGCUGACAGAAAUGCACUUUGCACAUGCUUCGGAGACCUUCCUUAUUAGUGACGUACAUACUCAUGGGCUGAUUGCUAUGGACAGUGCUAUCACCUUGUGGCAGUUCCUUUUGCAACUCCUCCAGGAACCUCGAAACAAGGAUAUCAUCUGUUGGACCUCCAAUGACGGAGAGUUCAAGCUUCUGCAGGCAGAAGAAGUAGCCCGUCUCUGGGGGAUCCGUAAGAACAAGCCCAGUAUGAACUACGACAAACUUAGUCGUGCACUCAGAUAUUAUUAUGUGAAGAACAUCAUCAGAAAAGUGAAUGGUCAGAAGUUUGUUUACAAGUUUGUUUCUUACCCAGACAUUUUGAAUAUGGAUCCAUUAGCAGUUGGCAGAAUCGAGGGUGAUGCUGACUCACAGGCAGGCUUUGUAGACGCUAACAGUACUCCAAAGGAUGUGGAGACUUGUGGGAAAGAGAAGCCUCAGCCCUGUGCAAAGUCCUCGAGCCGCAAUGACUAUAUCCACUCAGGCUUGUAUUCUUCAUUUACUUUGAAUUCCCUGAACUCCUCCUCUUGUGUAAAGCUCUUUAAACCAAACAAGAUGGACAGUCAGACUGAGAAACUGGCAGAGAGAAAACCCUCCCCGGAUCCCACACCUUCGGUCAUAAAAUUUGUGACCAUGUCCUCCAGAAAGACCUCAAUAACUCCCCUUGCUUCUGCUACUCAGCCAGCCUCGGCUAUAUCGACCUCCUCCACCCUUCCUUCUGGUUCAGAUGAAACUCUCCAAGCCUUGGAGUCUCUAGUAUCACCAAAAGUGGCUCCCACUGAAACUUCUACACCUUUGCAAAGCUUGACCACCAAUUUCACCCCUGCAUCACCUGCAACCUCAGCUUCUCCUACUCUUCAGGUUCCCACCAAGUCUCCUUUGCCACCUUUAAGUUCCAAUCCCGAUCUGGUUAUAGACACAGACAUAUCGUCAGUGGCUUGCCAGGAGCUGGAACACUCUCACAAUCAAGCUCUGGAAUUUAAAGAACAGGGUUCAUCCAUACUAGAGAAGGGGUUUCGUCAGAGCCGCACUAGAAAGCCCAAAGGACUGGAAAUAGCGCCCACUCUGGUCAUAACUGGCAGUGACCCAAGUCCACUGGGAAUACUAAGCCCUUCUCUCCCUACUGCUUCUCUUACACCAGCACUUUUUUCACAGACGCCUAUUUUGCUGACCCCAAGUCCCUUGCUCUCCAGUAUCCAUUUCUGGAGCACGCUCAGCCCGGUUGCUCCCCUCAGUCCAGCAAGAUUACAAGGUGCUAACACCCUCUUCCAGUUUCCAUCAGUGCUGAAUACUCAUGGACCAUUUACUGUGUCAGGAAUGGAUGGGCCCUCCACUCCUGGGCCUUUCUCACCAGACUUACAGAAGACAUAGUGCAUGAGCUUCUGAGAAAAGGACAGAUUGGAAAACACAAGGAAGAGAUUUAAUCAAAACACAACUCCUCUUUUUAAGGAGUGCUUGUUAAUUCCACAGAGACUAUAAGCUCACUAACUCUUUUUGCCAUUCCAAGUUCAAAUGCCUUUGCAAAAAUUUCCUUCAAGUCAUGGGGGAAUGCAUAUGGAAAUGCCUUAACUGGAGACUCUGCUCCACCAUCUUUCUGUCCCCAGGUUCUUUGGAGUUAAGAAGGCUUCUCUUGGGAAAGAGUCCUUGUCUUUUUUGGAUGCAAUGAUUGAAUCCUCAGCAGCUGAUAUCUCAGACAAAUCUGUUUUGACUGGUAAUCUUUCAUGCUCUGGCCUCCUAUGAUUUGUAUGAAAAUAUGACUUAUGUUUGGAAGCUGGCAUUCCAAGAAAUACUUGGAAAAGGUUUUGUUUUUUUUAAAUGGCUUUGUUUCUAGGAUCAGUAACUUCUGUACUAAUAGUACAGAAGUGCAAUAGGAAAAUCUCUUUGUAAGGAAAAACUUUACAGGAGCAUUCUGUAGCGAUAUAAAAGAAUUGGACAAGGGUGUGGUACCUAGAGAUAAAGAAGUUCUAAGUUUGUAUCCUUUAGCAAAUGCCUUGUUCAUCUCACAAGGAUUGUGUGAUUCUAUAAGUUGGAACAGUACAGAGAUUAAUAGGUUGUGAAAUGGAUUGUUUUUGGUUUUUGAGGAAUAUUUGAAUGCUUUAAGUCAGAUAUUGUUUGGAAGGCAGUACAGCUCCCUUUUGAUAUCUAAUUGAAGACUUCAGCUGGGAAAUCAUUCUAGCCGAGGCUCCCUGCAGUGGAUGUCUUGUGGCACUGAGGGCUGGACUAUAGCUUUGACAUGCUGUGUGUGGUGGUGGUGUCUUGCUGCUUGAUAAUAUCAUAUGUAGGCCUGACACUUAGAAAGUGAACACGUGUGUGUGUGUGUGUGUGUGUGUGUGUGUGCGCGUGUUAUUUUUACCAGAAAAUACCAUAUUUACCUGAAUAGAAGAUGACCUUGAAUUUAAGACAACCCCCUUUAAAAAUAUGGUUUAAAUAUAGGUUAUACUAUUUACUCAAAAGGAAGAGGAUCCUGACUUUAAGACAACCCCCAAUUUCUUACAUCAAAGAACUUGGAAAAAACUUAGUCUUAGAUUCAGGUAAAUACAGUAAAGUACCCAAAGAGUUGCCAUCUUUUCUGCUCACCCUGACACUUUUGGAUGAUCCACUGUCCUUUCAAAUUGGAGAAAGGGCUGGAUUAAUGUUUUGGGCAUUUCAGCGCUUAAAAGAAAAACACUUUAUCUGUAUUUAUUAAAGGCAGAACAUUGCAUAGUAACUCAUACACUUUAGCUUCCUAAAGUUCAAGUCUCUAUUAUUAUUUCUUGUUUACACAGUCAGACAGGUGUUAUUGACUGGUUUGUUUUAUCCAGACAUCGAGUCCUUCCCAAGGACCUGGGAUGCCAGAAUUUUAUUAUCAAUGGUUAUAGAUAUUGUCGCAGAAUAUAGGCUGUUCCCAGUAAAGCUGCUUUUUGUAAUUGGCUGAUGGUGAUUUCUGUGGCCCCUAUGGUGUUGAGGUGCUCUUCAAGGUCUUUUGGAACUGCACCCAGGGCGCCAAUUACCACUGGGAUUAUUUUGGUCUUCUUCUGCCACAGCCUUUCAAUUUCAAUUUGUAGAUCUUUGUAUUUUGUGACUUUUUCUAUUUCUUUUUCUUCUAUUCUGCUAUCCCCUGGUAUUGCUAUGCCGAUUAUUUUGACUUGUUUUUCUUUCUUCUCGACUACAAUUAUAUCUGGUGUAUUGUGUGGCAGAUGUUUGUCUGUUUGUAGUUGGAAGUCCCAUAAUAUUUUUACAUCUUCAUUUUCUUCAACUUUUUCAAUUUUAUGGUCCCACCAAUUCUUGGCUACAGGUAGCUUGCAUUUUUUGCAGAUGCAAGCUACCUGUUGUUGUUGUUGUUGUUGUUGUUGUUGUUGUUGAUGUUGCCAAUCCAAAAUGUUAAGCCAAACUAGUCUGAGCAUUUUAUGAAUAACACACAUCUUUCCAUAUCUGAAUAUAACAAGCAGGCAAUAUGCUACCAUAACUUUUAAAAAAAUUAAAUACUAUUACAUCUUGCCAGGUUGCAAAGAAAGAAUAUGGUUUUGAUUGUUCUGUUCAAACAAAUGGGUUAAUUUCUCCGCUGUAGCUAUAAACCAAAGCUUAUUGUACCAUUUACCUAAAGAGAAUAGUCCAUUCUUCCAAUUUUUACUUAUCACCAUUCUGGCUGGUAUCAACGUAAUUGACCAGCUCUUUAGAUUUUAUCACUUUAUCUUCAUUCCCAACAAUGCUAGCUGAUGAUCUAUUUUAAUUUCUUGAUUAAUUAUUUUACCCAUUGCUGCAAAUACCAAGUCCCAAAAGGUUCUAAUCCUUGGGCACAUCCACCAUAGAUGAAAAUGUGCCCUUCUCAUUACAGAGCAUAGAUUUUUUGUCAGUAAUAUAUGCCAGUUUCACAAGAGUCAUGUACUAUCUAUAAAUUAUUUUAAGAUAAUCUUCUCUAAUUUGAGCAGAGGAUGAAAAUAUAGGCUUAGAAAAACAAAUCCUAUUCCAAUCCUCUUCAUCCAUGACCGUUCGUAAAUCAUUUUCCCAAACUGAUUUUAAUCCAUUCAAUGCGGAGAUCUUAUACUCCAACAGAAUAUAAUAAAGUUUGCAUGUUAGCCUUUUAGUUGAUCUAUCAAUAUCUAAUAUUAACUUUUCAAAUUUAGUAAGUUGUCUUUUGGUUGCUUGGGUAUUUUGUUGAGAAGGGGAAAAAACACAGUUGUAGCAAAUGUAGCCCAGUAAGGCUGAAAUCUGAAAAAUUUGUUAUCUGUUCCAAGGAAAUGAAUGUACUAUUAUGUUACAUAUCUCUCACCCUGACCCAAUUAUCCUUUAUCCUAUUAUAUCCUACAAAUAUUUCCACACAAGAAGGAUGGUCUACAACUAGUAUAAGUGGUGAAAUGGAGGCGGAUAGGCAAGAUUGCCAUCCUAUCCAAAUCUCCAUAUUUGACUUUAAAAAUGGGUUAGAAAUAGAAUUAAUGAUCUUCUUAAUAAGGUUAGCAUGAAAUGGUAAACUUUUAAUCUGUUUUUUAAAUUCACUAUGGAGUCCCAAGGAGAACCAUAUCUCACAAUCCGUGAGACCCGCUUUCCCCCAAACUGUGGGGAGAGCAGGCUAAGCCCGCUCUCCCCGCAGACGAUCGGGCAGGGAGCCCUGGGAGGCCGGAUCGGCCACCCACACGAUUGCCGGCUCCAUGAUGGAGCCGGCGGGGCUGGGGGGAGUGGGGGCCGUGUGGCCCCCGGAAGCCCCAGUAUGCCCUGCGCAAGUGCGCAGGGCAUACUGGGGAGACCCCUGGACCCCUUUUCGCCUCUUCUCCGGGGGUCUACUCACAAGUAGCCACAGAGCCACACCGUGGCUACUCACGACCAGAUAGCCUGGGUUUAUGGUGCACUCGCUCUGCAAACUCGGGCUAUGGGGAGGGCUACAGGAGCAGGUUAACCGCUCGAGAACCACUGGGCUCACAGCCAAGCCCGGUGGUUCUGAUGAUCGGCAAAAAUUGGGCUAGCGGAGGCUAGCCCAAUUUUUGCUGAUCGUCAGAAUAGCCCCAUUGGCUACCAUUCCCACAACAUUUAUCAGCUGUGAAGCUUCAUAAUACAUCUUAAGGCAGGGGAUACUGAUUACACUUUUGUCUGACUUGGUAUAGAACACAUUAUGAGAAAGCCUUGGCUUUUUAUUUGGAUGUAUACAGGACAGAAAUGAUUUUUGCCAUCUUUGGAUUUUAGAAGAAAAACAAGUUGGAAGAACCUGAAAUAGAUACAACUUGGGUAAUAAAAACAUUUUAACAGCAGCUACAGCCAAGAAAGCGGAAAUGUAUUCCAACUUUAAAUAUAUUAAAAUCAAAAUCAAAUUAUUCAAUGUAUUUAACAUUGAUAAUUUAUUAGAAUUUUAAACUCCCAAAUAAGUAAUUACUUCUGGAGUCUUAAGUAUGCCAAUCAUAGAAACUCUUUUUGCUUUAACUAGAAAUAAUAUGCAGCUGUUAGGAAGUAAUCUUGUUGAUAAGGAGAGUAUAUGGAAAAGGCAUGUUGGCAUGAGCGGUUUAUAGUCUGAAAGUUCUAAAAGCUUCUUUUGUACUGCACUUAACCUUGUGGCAAGACGGUGGCUAAACCACUGGGAUGUAUUAGUGACAUCAUUAGUGUAAUGAUAGUUCAAACAUGUUUCUAAUCUGGUGUUAAUAUGCUGGCUUCAUGAUGUGGAAAUUUUGCAUCUGCAACCAGAAAUGGGAAGUAUGAGGGUAACCUGUGUCAAUGUACACUAGUAGUUCUCUCACAGGAGGAGGAAAUGCACUAAGAGUUGCAGUAAUUCUGUAUAGAUGUCACAGUCAGACCCAGAGAUGGCAGCUGGUCACAAAUCCAUCAUAAUUCCUGAAAGCACCUUAAGACUCGGGAUGUGCAUGGAACCGGCGGUGGUCAGUUCAGUGGCGGGUUGUUUGUUUACCUUUUUAAGGAGCAGGGAGGGUGCUCGUGUGUGUGUGUGUGUGUGUGUGUGCACACACACACACACACACACACCCCGCUGCAUGUGCACCGGGCACUUUCAGUCCAACACGCACCAGGGCGGCAAGGAGGUAUGCUGCUGCUCUGCUGGGCCGUUUUUAAGCACAGCGCCAGCAGGGGAAAUGUGGCGGGGGGCUAAGAGCACCCUCCCUGCUCAUUAAAGGAAACCCGCCUGCCAUCAAACUGGAUGAACCACUGGACCUUCGAACUGGUUCAGAGGAACGGGUUCGUGCAUAUCCCUGCUUGAGACAUGUAGCCUCAAAAAGCCAUUUGUUGGAGAUGUAAGAUAAAUACCCAGAAUAUUGUUUGGUAACUUUGCUAGCUGACAGGUGUGUUUGUAUUUUGUUUUGUUAUGUGUUUGCCUUAGGAGCACUAAUCAUCUGUCCAGUGAGAACUAAACUUAGAUUUUCCAUCAACUGCAGUGGUCACCUCUUAACUGAGCUUUCCGCAGGGAAGCUGAAAAGUGAGCAACUCUUUAAGAUAGGAACAAGAGUAAAAAAUAAAAUAAAAUACAAGAUUUGCGAGAAGCUUGAAAUAGUGGGCUCUGUAGUCACCCAAGUUUUAAGAUAGAUGGGAAACUUACACAUUGUCAUUCAGGCACUUCAAUAAGAUCUCGGUUCAUUUCAAAGUAUGCACCCAUAACUAUUGAAAGAGUGACUCUAAUUAGGGAGAAGGCACUUGCUGACCUCUCUGCACUAAAAUAUGUAAACCAGAUUCUGUAUAGCAUGUCAAAGCACAGUCCACAAAAUUUUGCACAUUGCAAAAGUUAAAUUUUUGGAUUAACCUUCAGAACGCACUCCUAUGGAAAGCCUGGUAUGAGGAAAACAAUAUGCAGUGCAUCUGUUUUAUUUUGUGAGCCACCCUGGGCAGUAGUGUACUGGAGGGGCGGGGUAUAAAUGUUAUAAAUAAACAAAUGAGCCCAGAGAGACAGAGGCACUGUCUGUUGCCUGCGGGGCUACUGACUCCUUUUCCAGUCAUGAUCAAAUGAUGGCUUGAAAGGCCCAUGCCUACUGUGCCUAAAUCAAAUGUGCAAUAUUUCAUAGAUUCUGUUUAAUAUGGGCAUGCAGAAAAAUGACUGCAGGUAGUAAAUGAGUGGACAUCCUGCACAGUAGUCUGUGAGCUGCUUCUGAGGCAAAAGUAAUUGCAGCACUUUUUAAUGGCAGUCGUUCUAGACUGACUGUAUUUGGGGUGUGUGUGUGCGUGCUGGGUAUGGGAGGUUUCAAAAUUAGGAUUUUUGUGCUAUUUUUUAAAAGCACUUAAAAAAAAGAGUAGCAAUUAGAAAUCUCUGCUUAUCGUUCUCUCUCCCAUUUUCAAUGGGGAAACAAGGCAGGUUGUCUCUUUUCAGAUAUUUAUAUUCUCAUAUAGUGUCUGAUGCACCUCUGCAGUAAAUAGUUUUAGAUAUGUUUAGUGAACCAAAACAUAGAUCAGCUGAUCUUGGUCACAGUUACGUUUGCUCUAGUUUCACAAUCCUGUCCAACCAGUCUGUAAACAAUGGAUUGUCAUAAUGACUGGCAAUUGUGGACUGCCAUAUAAGAAAUUGCCUUUUGUUUCUGGAUACCUGAAGGAGCUCUGUGACUUUACUUUAUGGAGGCUUUGUGUACUUGGUUGCUUCUAGAUGCUUUGUUCUUGACACGUCGGCUUCUGGUUAACGACUGCCUCUUGCUCGAUGGAUUCUUUCCAUUGAGGGAUGAGGGCUGUUGGGAGCUGUGGUCUAGAAUUUUGGUGGAACUGAGUUUCAGUGCCAAUCUAUGGCAUUGCAUAUUCUGGGUUACCUGUGCAACCCAAAAGGGUACGUUUCCUUAAAUAUAACCUCUUGAGUUGCAAGCUUUUGCAUAAUUGGUCUGGACAGAAGCCUCAUGCCAUGCUUCUUCCCAGCUCCAACUCCUCCUACUCCUCCUCCAUAAUCAGUGUCUCAUUUUCUUUCAGACAAUAAAUUUGUGUCCCGCACUCAUUCAUUCACCUAAACACUUUUAAAGAUCUUCUAGCCAAUAAUUCGUUUUCGUGAAGCACUCUGUCAUGUCAUAUAUGCAAGGAAUUGGUGCAACUCAACUCCCUUAGUGAGGGUCUGCUAGAAGAUUUGGGGAUUAAAUGCUGCAAAGUUUCCCAAAAGAUAACCAGCUCAUAUAGACCUUUUGCGUUGCAGCCAGAUCUAGAGAUAGAUGGAUCUCAUUCAGUUGCAUGCAUAUGUUUCUUUUUGCACCACAUUAAAUGUUGUAAACAUUGGUUAUUUAACAUGAAAAAUUUCAGCUGCUUGUGCAAGCAGUUGGAAGAUUUUCACCUAACUUACUGUCUGACAUUCUUUGUACCUGUACUAUGUUGAUAACAGUCAGUUUAUUACGGAGUUUGCUUAAAGCAGUUAGCAGUCAAUUUGUUUCCAUUCUUUCCUAUGGAGCAGAGCCAUCCUAACUUGUAUUCUGCAUAAUGCAUUUGCAUAAAUGUUUAAUAUCCAAUUUAUCUGCUUGAAUUACAUUGUUAAACAUUUUGUUGUAUUUUUAUAUUUCAUCACAUCUUAGUAUUCAUUUAUCAACGCAGCACAUUUCAACAUUGUAUCAAGAUGGUUAUCUUGGUUAGAGUUUAGUUUUUAAAAACAAGAAAUAUUAAGAGACACUUGGUUAAUUGAAAAAUUUCUCAAGUUCCUAAGUAAGCAGCAACUACUUUCUUUUCCUUCUGUCAUUGGUUCACCUAAGUGUGUACAGUAUACUUACUGGUUCCAAGGUCCAUGUUAUGAGUUUUGAUGUGGUUGAUUUCAAAAGGGCAGUUACGUGAAGAAUUGUCUGAGAACCUGAAACUCCCCAUUGCUGUCAGAAUGCCUAGUUAGAAAACGUGUAGGGUUAUGAACUAACAUCGUGAUGCUGAACAAAACAGUUGCACUUUCUUGCUGAUAUCUGCAGCUUUGAGAAAGAGUUUUAAGUUGAAGUCAGUGGCCUUGGGUGUGGAGCGGGGCGGGCAGGGGAUGUGCACCAUGGUGGUUAAAGGCUGAAGGGAAAAGAUAAUAUUUAAUGCAGGCUUUGCAAAGUGAAACUGAAGUGAAAUAUUGGUAAAUGUCAGCAUGUACUUAGCUGUAUAAUACUACUUGCCCCUACUUCAGGGCUGGGCAAAUACUGUUUUAAGAGACAGGCAUUCUACAUCCAUGAUAAAUAAACUUAGUAAGCUCAGUUAAGCAUAUGUACUAAAAGGAAAGCCUGAUCUGAGAAAUGGGCAGAUGUGGGCAAGAAUGAAGAUCUGCAGCUUAAUUCGGUUUUCUCAAAAGUCCCAUUGACAUUGUUGUGACUGAUUCCCAGAUAAGUGUCCAUAACUUUGUGGCCUUUUAAGGGCCAGUGGAGAGAAUGCUGGACCUAAGAUAUCUAGGUAUCUUUCUUGACGCAUGUUGUAUAAUUCCCUUUCUACUUCCCUGGUCACUCAGCAAAGCAUAGGAAAGACUGAGAAGGUAGGUACCACUGCUGUGUUUUGCUGAAGUGGUGGGUAGGUUGACCACUGUUGUUCAUGGAGUUGGCUUUGCUAGAGAGGGGCAACUAGCCAGUCUUCACAUGCCCUGCCAGGAUAUGGUGCCAUGUAGACAGAAUGGGUUUGUCUUAUCUACAGUGUAGCCAAGCAGCCCCAUGGUGAACAUCUCUGGGCGAGAUCCAGACCUAUUGAAUUUCAGUCCCAUUGAAACUGAUGGGGCUUGUUAGUCAUGUCUCAUUUAUUCAGUGAUGCUUAGGAAUGACUUAUUCCAGUUCCUACUCUCUGUCUCUUAUACCAUGCAUUUUGUGGUGCCUGAGAACCACUACUUUAAAAAGGGUUCUCAACUGUCGAAACACAUGCUUGGGUCCUCUGGAAUAGCUGGCUAAAACCUAAAUGGCCUAUCUGUUGUAAAACUGUCUAGGUGUAAUUGGAGCCAAAGAGCUGUGUAAGCUUAUGCUCAGUGGAAAUCUAGAUCUGAGUAGCCAUCACAAUGAUGGCUCUCACUGUCUUUGAAACUCCCCUUACGUUUCAACAGCAGCUUGCCACACCAGGAUUUGGGUAACUCAGCAGUGGAGGAGCACAGGUUCUGGAUGCAGAAGGGUCCAGGUUCAACCCCUGGCAUAGUCAGGUAGGGCUGGGAAACCUUGAAGAACUGCUGCAUGUCAGUGUGGACAGCUCUCAACUAGAUGAACCAGUCAUCUGAUUCAGAAGGCAGCAGCUUUGUGUAUUACUAUGUUGGCUGCUGCUUGAAACCUCUCUUGAAGACCCCUUGAGAUCAUGGAGUUCGUUUCUUGAUUCUUUGGCUCUGGGCCAUUAAGUUGUUGAGGAAUGUGUUUCUGUGUACAUGUUCUUUCCCUCUUCUUUGCUUCCAGUAAUACAGACUAUAGAAAUCAAACUGAAGCAAAUCCAGUUGUUAUGAGAAACUGGCACAAUAUUCUAUAGACGUAAAUGACCUUGGUGGGCAUCUACAUUGUAUUUGCUGUGUUUGUUUGAAAAGUACUGCACUCUGCAUCUUUAGCUUUUCAAAUGUCUUGCACUUUCAGGAUUUUUAGUACUAAAAUUCAUUAUGCCACAUUUAUGUUGUCUUUACUUGUUAAUUUUAAAGCUAUUCAGUAAGUGUCUUAAACUCGGCCCGAGGGAUAAGUUCAUAUCUAACACUAUUCAUAUAACUGCAUUUAUCAUUUAAUAACCUGAAUGGCUGAAAUAGUUACCUGUUGCCAUGUGAUCAGUCAUUACUUCUUUAUCACAAUAGGUUUUUUGCUUGACAAGAGCAGUCCAAACUUGCAAAGUAGGCCUCUUUGGUUUGUGUCACUUUGGUUUGCUGUUCCACAUCAUAGAAUAGCUGGCACUUAAAUUGAAUGAGUGAAUUCGCUUGGAAUUGAAAAGUCUUGGAAUUUUAUAUUUGAACAAAGAUUUAUUUUUAUAGCCUUUGAAAGUGCUCUGCUCAGAGGAGAUUUCUCUGUAAUGGUGACCUUCUAGUGUGCUGCAAACCUACAAUGGACACAUUAGGUGAAUGCUCAGUGUAUUGUCAUAACAGAGAUUCUUAGAAGUGACCUGUGAGCUGUAAGAUGGUAAGAGCCUUGGGUGAAGGUCUGUGCAGCCCAGCAUCCUGUUCCACGCCAUGGCCAACCAAAUACUACCUGGGAAGCCCAUAAGCAGGCCUUAAAGGCAAGAUGCCUCUCCUGUAUUGCAGUACCUGCAGCAACUGGUAUUCCACCUCUGAACGUGGAGGUUUUACUGCGACAAUCCCAAAAGUAAUGGAAUCCGGCAUGUCACCACUUUUUCAGUGACUGUAGCCAUGUGCAGAUUUUCAAGUUAAUAUUAUCUCUACCCAUUAGCAAGAGAACAGCUUCUACUCUAAGGCCUUAUUUUUCCCCUUCAUAACCCUUAGAUAUUCUAGGUAGUGUCUGAAACAUGCAAAAUACAUUGGUAACAGAAUCGGAAGCGAUGCCUG